AUGUCAAAGCUGGGUGAAGGCUAUAAUGUUCUUGUCGUCGGAGCCGGUGGAAUCGGUUGUGAACUUUUGAAAAAUCUCGUUUACAGUGGAUUUAAGAAGAUCUCGCUAGUGGCUUCUGAGAGCAUCAAACAAUUGCGGAACGAUGUUGAUUUGACACCCUACCAUGCGAGCAUAUUCAGUUCCCGAUUCAAUGAUGAGUUUUUCAAACAGUUUGACAUCGUUUUCAGUGCCCUUGAUAAUCAAGCUGCAAGACGUCACAUCAACCGAAUGUGUGUCUACCUAAACAAGCCCAUUAUUGAAUCCGGAACUGCGGGUUAUUUAGGUCAAGUGGAGCCUUUAGUCUACGCUGAAAGGACUCCAAAAGGACCUCAAGCACCCUGUUUUGAGUGCACCCCGAGGGCGAAUGAUAGACGAACUUAUCCCACUUGUACUAUUCGUAAUACUCCCUCAGAACCGGUUCAUUGCGUUGUCUGGGCGAAAUUCCUCUUUAAUCAACUUUUUGGAGAGGCGGAUUUUGAGAACGAGGAAGUUUCUCCCGAUAUGGACGACCCAGAAGCACAGAACUCCAAAAACCACCAGGAUGAUGAAAAAUCUGAAGAAAACAGCUCCUUAUGGUCGCGAACCGCUGAUUCCUGCGACUUCUCUAUGAGUCCCGAAGAGUCCCUCGCUUUGCGACUAUUCAACAGGGACAUCUCAACGUUGUUGAGCAUGCGCAGCCUGUGGGUGGAUCAUCCAGAUAGACGUGAACCGUGUCCACUGGAUGCAUGCACGUUGAAGGCGGCUAGAGCUCAUCCAGGUCUAGAUGGUAAAGACGGUGCAGAGGGCCUGCGAGACCAGCGACAAAUGAGUUUGGAGGGCUGGAUCAGUCUUUUCCUUUCCAGUACCAGAGCGCUGCGUGGGAAAGCAGGCCUCGCGGACCCUGCGGCCGGGGAUCACAAACCGCUCGUGUGGGAUAAGGUGGGUCGCUUCUCCUCUACUCGCUCUGCUAUGUUCUCCGUUGCGGCAGAUGACCCGGAUGCCAUGGAUUUUGUCGCCGCAGCUUCCAUCAUCCGUGCCAUCCUCUUCCACGUGCCCGGCGCCAAGGAGUUGACCCGUUUCGCGGUGAAAUCUUUCGCUGGGAAUAUUAUUCCCGCCAUUGCUACCACCAACGCCAUCAUCGCCGGUGCUAUGGUGCUACAAGCUCUCAAUGUUCUCCAGGGCCGAAUUGAUGCGGUCCGCACAGUGUUCCUCCAUCGACAGCCGGCCGGUUUCGGGCGUUUUCUGGCACCAUGUCGACCGGUUCCACCGAAUCCAAAUUGCCUGGUGUGCUCGGGGGCACAGACACAGGAGCUGCGUCUUCACUGCGACCCUGCGACGAUGCGUCUGAUUCACCUGAAGGAGAAUGUGCUUAUAAAGCAUUUGGGCAUGAUUGCUCCAGAUGUGGAGAUAGAGGGUAAGGGAAUCAUCCUCAUCUCCUCCGAUGGCGAUGAGACAGAAGACAUUGAACAGGAAACUCUGCUUGACUUCAAUCUGACUGGUGAAGGCUGCCCUCGCCUGCGCUGCGACGACUUCCGACAGAAUAUGACCUUCUACCUGCGCAUCGUCUCCAGCCAGCGAAGUCGUGACAAUUCCAGUUGGCGUGUAGAGGGCGAAUACGAGGCGUCGGAUCAGGAGGCUGCAAAAGAAACAGAUCGUCCCGAGCCACCUCCAACCGGGUCCAAACGCACGCGUGAGACAGACGAUUCCGACAUUGAAGAGGUCUAUUCUUCCAUUGACAAUUCUGAGCCUUCACAACCGUCUAAGGUCCGUAAACUCGGUCUAGAUGAUGGUGUCGUUGAAGGGGAUGAAGACGAAGAGAUUGUUAUGCUAGAUUGA